AUGCCUCUUCCCGAGCCUGGAGAGAAGAAUCCCGACGAGGCAGCAGGCCCCACACCCUCCGCGACCGUCUCGUCCGAGAGAGACGCGAGAGUUGGCCGAGCCGGCGCGGGAGGCGCAGGACCCAAGCCGCGCAGCUGCGUCACCUGUCGCUCCCGAAAAGUCCGCUGCGAUAAGAAGACGCCAUGCUCCAACUGUCGCCGAGCCCAGAUCCAGUGCGUCCUCCCUUCGGAUGACAAGCCUCCAAGAUGGGCGAGGCGGCUGGAUCGACUCACCCAAGCAGGCCCUGUCACAGCCGCACCCGCUGAUGCUGGGUCCAACCAGGUGAUGAGUCGGUUACAAAAUUUGGAAAAAUUGGUAAAAAGCCUAAGUGCCGAAUUGCACCAAGCGCGAGCUACAGGGGUCGACAGCGCCCAUACCACUGCGUCGUCACCGUCGACGCAGCCAUGGCAGACCCAAUCGCAGCCGGCCGAGUCACCAGCCUCUGCUGGCUCUGGCUCGCAAUCACAGAAGAAACCUGGUCGCCUUAUCCCCGGAAAUUCUGGGCGGAACCAAUAUGUCGCAAGCGGUUUCUGGUCUCAAAUCAGUGAUGAGCUCGAUUCUCUCAAAAUGGAGACAGAGCACCUGACAGGUGGCGAUUCUGACUCUUCCGACGACGACAUCUCGUCACCAGCGACUAAUCCCUCUACUAUGGAGAUGGACCGAACCCCUGCACAACGUCACGCCUUUCUGUUUGGAAGCAACUUGCGCCCUCAAGCCAAUACCCGGGACUGUUGCCCGCUCCCAUCUCAAGUUCCGUUUCUUAUUGACGUAUUCGCCACAAAUGUCAAUAUGAUCGCGCAGGUUGCUCAUGUCCCAACUGUCCGGAAGAUGGUGCGGGAUGUUCCUGGCGGCGACCUGUCGACCCUGAGCCCUGCCGACUCAGCACUCAUGUUCGCGAUUUACUAUGCCGCCGUGACAUCCAUGGAAGAGACCGAUGUUAGCCUGAAUUUUGGGACGACAAAAGCGAAGCUGAACUUGAAGUUCCGCGUCGGCUUCGAGCAAGCGAUGGCUAUCGCCGACUUUCUCAACAACCCGACUCUUGUUCUGGUCCAGGCAAUGACAAUAUUCCUGUUCCUUGCACGCCGACACGACAGCCCAAGAUUCAUCUGGAUGAUGGCAGGAAUUGCGAUUCGGAUGGCUCAGGCUAUUGGCCUUCACCGUGAUGGCAGCCACUUUCCCAACUUGACACCGUAUGAAGUUGAGAUCCGUCGACGAGUCUGGUGGGCGCUCAUCAUGCUUGAUGCUCGCGCAUCGGGUGACCAAGGAACAGAUCUCACCAUUCUGCAAGAUGGAUUCGACACUCGAAUGCCGCUCAACAUCAACGACAGCGACAUUAGUGUUGAUACGAAAGUCAUGCCGGAAGAGCGAGAUGGCAUUACAGACAUGACGGUCACGCAAGUUUCUUGCGGCUUGGUAGACGUGGAGAGGAAAAUGGUCGCGAAACAGAAAGAAAGCCCCGCAUCACCGGAUGCAUCGAAUGCAAUAUUCGAAGAAUUAUUCGCGAGACUGGAUCACAGCUACUUGCGGUACUCUAAUCCAAAUGGUGACAUCACGUACUGGGUGGGCGUGAUUACUGCACGACUGGUUGCUGCCAAGAUGACGCUUGUCCUGUAUCUGCCAACAAUCAUCUCUGCGCCGCAAGAGCUCGAAUCGAACCAGCAGAGGGACAAGCUUCUCGUUGCUGCCAUUGAAGUGGCCGAAUAUAAUCACGCGCUGAAUUCGGAAGAAAGGUGCAAGCACUGGCGCUGGGUGUUCCAGACGUAUACGCACACCUAUGCCAUCGUCUACAUGCUUCUGUCCGCGACGCAAAGACCAUGGUCUCCGCUGUUGGAGCGUGCGUGGCUCGCGUUGCAGAGCCAGUGGCUGAUUCCCGCCCAGUACAAGGCUGACAAGGAGGUCAACAUUUGGGUCCCCAUCAGGAAGCUUACCGUCAAGGCUCGACGACACCGUGAUGCAGAAUUCGGGCGUCUACGCCAGGACCCGGCUGCGGUGCAGCGACUCGAAGAGGAGUACCAGCGCGUGACCCAGCCAGCCAGCCCUGGGCCAUUUGCUGGUCAGGAUAACGUCGAGUGCAUUCGUUCGCGCUGGUUGGGCAUCCUGUCGAUGCACACGUAUCCAGUUAGUACCAACGAACUGCCGGCUGCUCCUGGUGACAACUAUAACAACCUGGGGCCUGGAAAUGCAAACUCGUCUCCCUCUCAAGAUGCACGCGCUGGAGGUCCAAGCGGCGUUUUCCAGAGCCAUGUAACGGGAGACUCUUUGAGUGGCCUAGUGAGCACAGGAUCAUCUGCACAACCCAUGAGUCUGGGAUUUGAGCCUUGGGGAUGGGAUGGAACUGAGCCAGUAUCUGGAUUCUUUACCAAUACGGGCGUCGAUGAUAUGGAUGCGCUUGAAAUGGACCUAGAUGUUGGCGUGGACUGGUCGAGCUUGCUAGCGACGGCGGAGCUGGACUAG